AUGGGAGAAAAUAAAAAUUCAAACAGUUUAACUGAUGUUAUAAAGAACGUUAUUGACACCUUGGAACCUAUCAAAAAACCGAGUGAAGAAAAGGAAGAAGAUUAUCAUGAUAAAACAGACGAAAUUGAUGAAGACGAAGAAGAUGAGGGCAGUGAAUACGAGGUUGAAAACGACAGUGUCCAUAAUAAUGACCAUAACAUUAUUGUUAAUAUUGAUAUCAAUACAAAUGGUGGUCAUGAGGAAAUGCCCGAAAUAAAUGAUGACGACAAUAAUCCCAUCAAAUACCAUAGAUAUUAUCAUGGUCAACAUCGAGUGAGAGCUGAUCCAUUCUUUCAUUGA